ACCUCCAUUACAAGCCACGAAGAAGAAAUUAGUCAACACAACGCCACUUCCCGUCUGUUCGGGCGGGUUGGUUUAAAGUGGGAAAACGCUCGAGUCGACGCAUCUGUAACAAGAGUAAUAUAAAUAAAGUAACUGAACGGCCUACCUGAUUAUGUUUUAACGGACAGACACGUGAAUUAACUGAAUUUAGGUUAACUUUUCCGGUUAGUAAACGCGUACGUUAACAGCUAGCAAACGUCCAGGGCGGUUAAUGUUUUUUUUAUUUAGCAUUUUUCUCCAUUAACUUUUACAAUUUAAAGCAGUUACAAGCAAUGGAUCGGCCGUCAAGGAGAUCGAAAAUUGUGAAUUACUGUGAAACUAAGAAUUCUGAUGACGAUGAGGAUUUUGCUCCACCCAGUAAAAAAGCAAAGGAGGAUGUAAAACAACAGGACUCCAAGAAAUUAUCAAGGAAGUCCUCCAGUCAGGAGACAAACUCUCAGUCCACACUGAGCCAAAAAAGAAAACCAUUAGAUGAGAAUUUGCAUAACCGAGAUCUAGAGGCAGCGAUUACGCUUUCCUUACUCAAUAAUGCUGAUGGAAUCCAGGACCAGUGUUCUGUCAGUAAAGAAGAUGUCAAGAUUCAGCUUCCAGUAGAUGAAAGUACAGAUUCAUCUUCAACAUACCUGUCUAACUGCAGUGUGGACAGUUCGAGUUUAGGUCUGAAUGAAAUCACAUCGGUAAAAAAGUCAUCCCCUUCUGGAAAGAGAAAUCCUGCUACUGAUUCAGUGGAAGAACAGAUAAAAAAGGUUGAAGAAGAUGAGGACUAUCAACCUAAACUGACACCAGAAUCAGAAAGUGAUUUCACUGAACCUGAUGAGAGCGAGGAAGAGGAAUUCACUGUGAAGAAAGUCAGCAAAACUAAAAAGGGGAAAGUUAAGAAGAAUGAAAAGAUCAAACAGCCUCCUGUUUCUAAAAAAGAAAAGAAAUCAUCAAAGGCUAAAUCCCAGUCAGCAGCUUCCACACCAGUAAGAAGUCCUCCAGCAGCUAAAUGUGCACCGAAAAGACCUGCUUCAUCCUCUACUGCCCCAGUAUCCAAAUCCACAGUGCCUCUGAGCCCAGCAGGGGGUAGAUUGCCAAAAUGGAACCCGCCAGGUCAAAUUGGUAAAAGUCCCACCUCGUGCCAGAAUCCAGUGAAGUCUCCAGGUCAGGGUCUGCGGCUCGGACUGUCCCGUCUUGUUCGAGUUAAACCUCUUCAUCCAAGUGUUGUAAUUCACUGACUGACUUACUAAACACUAAAUUGUCCACACCCAUUUAGGCCAUUUAGCUUCAACAUAGUAUUUUUUAAGACUGUGUAAAUAUUUCCUGUCCUGUGAUACAAUACAUGUUCAGUCAUGUGAAUGAAUAUAUAUAUUCAACUAAUGUUUUCAGCUUUGGUCUUGUGCUACACCUUGAAUUUGUCACUUUGUCAUAUUACUUAAUUAUUAUAUUUUUACAGGUUGUGAUCAGUAUGGACAUUGCUUUUAUUUUUAAUUGGUUAGUGUGAUUUCACUUACUAACUGAACGUUUUGUGUAGUGUGUACAUAAAUAUAAAAUAAAAUUUAAACAUCACUAAUUG